UCAAUCAAUCUCUCCCAAAAGAGACGAGGGAAAAAGAAAAGCGUUAAAUAGAAAUUGGCGGGAAAUCAGGCGGAUCUUUUAGGUUCGAAAAACAUCAAUUUGCAGGUUAGAAAGAAACUGUUGAGAGUCAUGGCCGACAUCGAAACCCUAGGCAUCAUUGAUGAAAUUCAAGCACUCGUCUCCGACAAGCUUCAAGUGGUUUCUUACAAGUGGUUGAGUAGGAACUUCUUGGUGCCAUCAGAUACUGCUAAGAGGCUGCUUCAAGAGUUUGUGGAAAAGAAUGGAAGUCAACUGGAAGUUAUAUAUUCUCUGUCCGGUUGGUUGAAAAAUAAUCCAGAAGCUUACCAUGUAAAGCUUGUUUUGGGCGCUAAACUUUCAGAAGCCAAAGAAGAGUUUAACGAUGGUUGUUCAGUUCAAGUCUAUAGCAUCCAAGCUUGUGUUCCUAAAGAUCCAGCAGUUCUCUGGAAUGCUGAAUUUGUACAAUCGGAAGAGCUAUUCAAGGAGCCUCCUAAUGUUGUUAACUGCUUGCGUGAUAAUCGGUUCUGUGGUGUUUCAAAUCCGUUUGUAAAACGUAAUGUAGAGGGAACACCUGUUAACAGCGCAGGUCCACAGUUAAAAAACGUAGUAACCCACGGACAAUCAAGAAUCAAUCAAACGUCACUUGGAAAAGAAAAGAAGAUUGAGCAAUCAGACGCUAAACCUAAUCAAGGCGUAAAUAUUCAAAGUGGAAGUCAUAAAGAACAAGUUCCUCAAAACAAAAAGAAAACACAAAAUGAUAAAGUCUCUUCCGGCACUUCAAGCUCCUUAGCUAGUAUGUGGGGCCGUGCAUCUGCAAAACCGAAGCCUGAGUCUGCCUCAGUAAAAACUGAUACCGUCGCUCCUAUUUCUAAUGAUGCUCAGGUGCGUGCUAAUGAAUCUGUGGAGGAUGAAAGCAGUGAUGAUCAACAAAUGAACUUUAAAAGAGCGUCUAAUGGUGAAGGAAAUAAUAGAAAAAGAAGGGUUGUGUUAGAUUUCUCUGAUGAAGAUGAUAAUGUUGAAGACGCAGUGAAUCUCGCCUCACCAGAUCCACCAAAAAAGCAAGUUGCUGCUCUUGAUUCAAAGAAAAGUUGUAGCAUUUCGGGUCUUGAAAAUAAGAAUUUGGAUUUUGAUGAACAAAAAGAAGUUAAGAACGAAAAGGCAACCGAGACUGAUCCCAAGCCUUUAACUGAGAAUAAACGUUCUCACGAAAAUGAUGUAAAACAGGAAGAUAAAACGAGCAAUGCUGUUAAAAAUGGGACUAAGAAAAGAAAAGUUUUGAAGACGCGCAUCGAUGAGCGUGGAAGAGAAGUAACUGAGGUGGUUUGGGAGGAUGAUGAGAAAGAAACAAGACCUGAUGACAAUACACGAAAAGAUAAAGAUGACAAUAAAACCGCAAGCAAUAUUGCUGUCAACAGGCCGGCUGCAGCAGCAGCAGCUCCGAAGAAGUCACCUGCAGUAGGUAAUGCCCCGUCACAUGCGACAGGCAAAGCAGGGAAUAAGAAAACCAAUGCGAAGGAUCCCAAACAGGGCAAUAUCAUGUCCUUUUUCAAAAAGGUUUAACAACUUCCAUGAAACUACGCUUCGAUUAUGUGUAUCGCGUGUAUGCUGAUUUAAUGUUAGUUUUUUUUUCCUUUUUGUGCUGUACAUUUUCUUGAAGCUAGUAGUUGAGACUUUUAUGGUUGCACAAAUACACAAGAAAGUUGAAAGUUAUAAUUAUUUUUCA